AUGAACAUGUUGGUCAGCGUGGGCAAGUUGUACCGAACGACCAGUAACCACACUUUCUUUACAGAGUGCCGCUUGGUUGACGCCAGGUUUCUUGUUGUUUUCCCGCCAGGCCAUGCGUCCUCGUUCACGUUGCAGCCGGAGGACCGCGUGGUGGUGGCCGGCCACCCGGUCACGCUAUCCUGCGCCGUCGCUGGUUACCGCGGCAUCGUCCUCUGGACCAAGGACGGGCUUGGGCUGGGGGUCGAGAAGCAGUUGCCAGGGUUCCCCCGUUACUCCAUCGUGGGCGACCAUUCAGCCGGUGAAUACAGCCUCCGCAUCGAGAAGGCGCAGCUGAUGGACGACGCGGUGUACGAAUGCCAGGCCACGCACGCUGCCCUGCGCUCUCAGCCCGCCCGCCUCACCGUGCUCAGUAAGUACAGCCACUCUCUCAUUGACCCCUGAGACAAGCCAGCUUGUUCAUCGC